UGCCCCCAGGGAUGCUUCCCGGCUGGGGCGUUAUCCCGGCGGGGCCGGCCAGCCUAUUUUCCAGGCGAGGAAAUAUUUAACCGCAGCGUCAGCGGGCAGGGCAGGCGGGUUCAGGCAUGGAGGGUGGCGGGCAGCGCCCGGCCCCCACUGCCCCCCCGGGCCAGCCCCAGGGCGAGCGCCUGCAGCUCCUGCUGCGUCGCAGCCGGGAGGCCAAAAACUGCGCCUAUUGCCCCUACAGCCGCUUCCCGGUGGGUGCCGCGCUGCUCACCGCCGGCGGGGAGAUCUUCUCCGGGUGCAACGUGGAGAAUGCCUGCUACAGCCUGGGGGUGUGCGCCGAGCGCACCGCCAUCCAGAAAGCCAUCUCCGAGGGACACACCAGCUUCAAGGCCAUGGCCAUCACCAGUGACAUUGGGGACACCUUCAUCGUGCCCUGCGGCGCCUGCAGACAAGUGAUGAGAGAGUUUGGCACGGACUGGGACAUCUACCUGACCAGAGCAGAUGGCACCUAUAUUGUCAAGAGGCUGGAGGAGCUGCUGCCUCUCUCCUUCGGCCCCGAGGACCUGAAGAAGGUGUGAGCAGCACGGCUGCCACCAGCCUUUGCCCUUCGGCAGCAGGGGAGGAUGGGUUUCCCCCAAUUUCCCCAGUGUGUAAGCAGCUUUUUGGGGACGAUGCAAUGGGAAAUGCGUUUGUAGUGUUAAGUUUACCUGUUCCUCUCGCACAUCUGAUUCAGCGCUGAUUUGCAGAUGCCGGUCACACCUCGCCCCAGGGAAAUGGUGAAAUCAAAUCAUAGAAAUUCCCUGUUAUUAGAAAAAAAAGUGUCCAGAUAUCGCUAUACGCGAGGGGGAAGUUCACAGGUGGAGAAGGGUUUGAUGCGUGGCUCAAGCUCGGGCUUGUUGGUGCAGAAACCACUCCUGAAUAAUGCAAAAUCAUUGCUUGGGAAAAUGCUGAAUUCUUCAGCUGUAGAUGAGAAGCAAAAGCAAAAAGGAAGGGCGUCAUUAUUAAUAAGCUAAUUCAGAUUAGACGAUUUGCUGGAAGUGGCCAGUUAUGCUGAGUGUGUCCUUUGCUUGUUUCUCUCUGGCUUGUUUUUCUUGCAAUUUAUUCCAUUUGUAGGGAUGAAGACAGAGAGGAGUUCUGGGGGGCUUCUGGAGAGUUUUCUGCCUCCGGAGUAAUGCUGUUUGCUGAUUGUACUAUUAAUUUAAUCACGCACAAUGAAAAACAAAUGUCUUACAGUUCCCAACCAGCGCUGGGCUGGGCAUUACUGCCUGUGCCCCAGCGAAAUAAAAGCAGCCCUGGCUCAUCUCCUGCA